UAAAAAUUCAUAUCAAUGUAGGAGAUCGGCUUCUAAAUUAUCAUGGAAAUAAGAGAAGAAAGCGGGUCAAUUAGUUAGGUUCUAAAUUUAGAUCUCACCUUUGUGCGUCUAUACGACAAGACCUCCUCCGAUCCGAUCCGAUCAGACACUUCUUUGCGACGCUAUCAAUUUUCGCGACAUUGGUCCUGUACAUAAGAUCAACCAUGUUAAAAACCAAAACCAGACCAAUUCAUAGUGAAAGCUGCUAAGAAUAUACAUUGAACUACACAUAGACAUACUUAAACAAUGACAGACGCGGUUAGUGCAAGUCUGUCUCAGCUACAGCAGCAACCUCCUUCAUUAACUGCAACUCCUCAACCGAAUGCUGACCAACAGCCUCAACCAGAUACAGUACUAUCAAGCCCUUCAACACCCACAGCAAAACCUCCAAACAACCAAUCUUUACGUUUCAUCUCCAUAAUAUCCAGACAUGAUAAGCCCCUUUAUAUUCAAUCAUUCAAUUCUUUACCCAAUUCUUCACCAAAGGAUGAAGAAGAAAACAAUAACAACUUUCUCAAGUAUAAUUUCCUUUCUCAUAUGGCAUUAGAUAUUUUUUCAUCACCUUCUUCCUUAAAUCUCAGAGAACAACAAUAUUAUACUUAUCAACGUCACGUUCAUAGUGCAUCUGCAUCUGGAUCUAAUAGUGCAUCAUCAAAUACCUCAACUACUGCUGCUAGUACUUCUGAUUUGGGUGUAAUUUUACUUUUCAUCCAAGAUGGAAUUGAAGUUUACGGAUAUGAGACUAAUAAUGGAUUAAAAUUAAUUAUCGGUUUGUCAAAUAACUCCAGCAGUAAUACUCCUCCUCCUCAUAAAGUAAAUUAUCAAGAUAUAAAAUCAUUGUUUCAAUCUGUUUAUAAAUGUUACAUAAGAUUAAUCUGUAAUCCAUUCAAUUAUUCCUUAGCUACAUCUUCCAGCUCAUCAGCCGAUAGUGAUCAGACCAUUGAUAAUGUUACUUUUGAUAAUAAUAUCGCGAAAAUUGUUAAGAGUUGGAUAUAACUUAUGUAAAUAAGAAUUCUUUUAUUUAUUUACUUAUUUAUCAUUUAAUGACCUAUAAUACACAUAACCAUA